UUUAUAAAGUUUCUGGAUUUCCGUGUUUUUCCAAACUACGCUAUAUGCAUAAAGGAAAGAGUGUUUAAAAGCUAGCUAAAAAAUAAAGUGUCAAUUUUUAUUAUAUUUUUUCGUUUAAAGUGAAGGUUAAACUUGUUUAUAGUUAUACAAUUUUCAAAAAAUUGCGAUUUUUUCACUGUUAAGGAAUCCUGCCAAAAUAGAUGGACCACAAGACUGCAAAAGAUAUUUGCGUUUUAAUUAAUUCAUAUAAAUGCCAAUCGAAGCCUUUGUUUAAUGGUGACAUUUACAAAAUUUUUUCUGAAAAUAAUUUCAAAUUAUCAAAAACUUGUCUGAAAUUAAAAAAACUGAACAUUGGACCUCAAAAUGCAUCUGAUUUUAAAGUAUUCUCCAACAAUAUAAGAUACUUGCAUAAAAAGAUAAAAAUCUUUAAAAAAAACCCUAUCCAGUCAUGGGCUGCUAUUGUUAAUUUUUUGCAGCAACCAUUUAAAUAUGAAAGAAAAAGAAAUAGUUCUAAUACAAUUAUUCACUUAAACGUUGCAAGUGAUUUAAAUAUUGCUUCAGACACAAUGCAGAGAGUAAAGUGUGGUUCAUGCAAAAUAAAAAAAGAUGAAAUACGUAGUUUACAAGAAAAAAACAGAAAAUUGCAGCAGAGAGUUCGUUUUUUGAAAAAAUCAAUGACCUGUAACAAGCUUACAAACAAAAAAUUUAAAAGACAGUAUUUUUCACUAAAUUUGUGGAAAUUGAAAUAUUCAGAAGAAAAAAAAAAAAAAACAGUUCAACAAAAUAAGUUUCAUUCUCUAGAUUUCAUUAAUGAAUUGAGAAUUCUUAAAAUUAGUAGAACGAAGUUGCAACAAAAUGUUAAAAAGAUAGAAAAGAAACACAAAAUUGCGAUCAAAGAAUUACAGGAACAGAUAAAAAUCAAAGAGCAAGAAAAUAAACAACUUGUAGAACAAAAUCAUUAUUUAACUAGUAUUGUUUUAGAAAAAAAAAAAGAUAAUAGGUUACUUAUAGAAACCAAAAAAUUAAAAACAUAUGACCUACCCAUAAGAAAAUGUGUUUAUGCUGCUAUUAUUAACAAUGUGCCUGUGGAAAGCGUCUCAUUUUUGUUAGAAAAAAUUUCUGAACUGUUACACAACACAGAACUGCAAGAAACACCUCACUCAUCCACAGUAAAUCGAAUGGCAUAUGAGCCAGGUGUUUUAGCAUUGGUUCAGGCUGGUGAGGCACUUUUUCAUUGUGAAUGUGCAACAGUAGUGUUUGAUGCAACCACCGUUUUAGACAAACAUGUAAAUGAGUUCCUUAUCAGUACCUAUCCUCCGCAGAGAUGUUAUUCCUUAUCAACCGCUAAACUUGCUGGAGGCACAGGAUUUGACUGUGCCACUCAUAUUGUCAGUGUAAUAAAAGAACUUGCCAAUACAUUUGCAGAGUUUAAAAAUAUGCCAGCAGUAGAAGUUUUAGAUGUUUUCACUCAAAAAAUCAAAAGUUGUCUGUCAGACAGAGCACCUGUUAAUAGUUGUGUGAAAAACAUGCUUCAGGAAGAGAUGGACAUUCAAUUAAUGCAACUGUACUGCAAUGUUCAUCCAUUGGAAACUAUUGCCUUAAAAGCAUUAUUAGCUCUUAAAACAAUAGAUAAUGAGUUGAAUAUAAAACCAGCUAAAGGAACUGAUGGGGUUGCAGUAACAGUCCUCAAAAAUAUUUCUAAGCUAAGGUAUAGUUUUAAAGGCGAUCCUGCAGCAUUCAAAAGCUAUCUUAAAAAAAACAAUGUUGCUCCAGGGCUAUUCCUUAGAUAUGUUGGUAGUAGAUUUCAUGUUUUGUUCCAUAUGGCAGGGAUUGUUGUUACAUACGAAAGACUUAUAAAAACCUUUCUUGAAAACAACACCAAAAAUAAAAUUUGCCAACACUUACUUCAAGAUAUGAGUAAUGAUAUAACGCUUGUGCAACUGCAAGGGUUGGGCCUGAUAGGAAAAAUAAUAACUGGGCCAUGGAUGAGUCUGGUUUAUAAAAAUGCAACAGGAAAGAGUAAUCUUGAGUUUGGUGACAUUUUCCAUAAAGCAAUAAGGAAAUUAGCUUACUUCAAAAGUAAUCCAGAAUCAAUUCUUUAUACAGAUGUGGAUAUUUUUAGUCAAGUAUUAAAUAUCAAAAAAGAUAAGGUACACCAAUCCCUUCGUGUAAAAAAAAUAAAAAUAUUUUGGUAAAGAUUUUAUCAGCUUUAAUAAGCUACACAGAGACAGUUCUCAAAAGACAGAUGGCCAGGUAUUUGACUGGCAAUCUCUCAAAUCCAUCUAAAGAAAUGAUAAAAACCACACUAUCUGCUCCACCUCAUACAAUGGAGGCUGAAAGGAUCUUAGGGAUGCUUGAUUUUUUUUUGCGUCGUGCUCCUAAUGCUACUUUUGGUUUUCUGGAUUCUAAAAUAAAAGCCAGGGUAAACAAAACAUUAACAUGGCUUGAUGAGAAAACAUUGCCAGAACAAGAAGAUCUUAUUCAAUUUGUAAUUCGCAGAGGAGCUUUAGCGUGUCAAGCCUCUAAAAAUUUUAAUAAUCUUUUGUAUGAAGAAAUAGGAAAAAGAUGCGCCAAAGCUAAUUUAAAAAAAGAGCGUCUGGAAAGAAAGCGACUAGAGAAGGAUAUUAAAAGAGCAAUAGCUGAAAAUGCCAAAACCACAAAUCCUCUUUUUGUUAAUAUUGAUGAAAAACAAAAACGAAUUUUAGGAGUAAUUUUGAAAAAUGGAAACUUGAUAGGGCAGCUCUUAAGCCAUAAAUGGGAGCUAGAUGAUGGUAAUAUACAUUUAUUUUUUGGUAGAAUUGUUGAUCAGAAGGUAGCAACAAAAAAAAAAUCUUUUACAUACACAAUAGGAUAUUGGAAAGUCAAUGAAGAUGAAGCUGAAGAUAUUGACAUAAGCCAGGAAGGAGUUAUAGCAGAUCUAAUACUUAAAGACUUGGAGUUCAUUUAAAAAUUACUAUAAUAUAUUAGGCAUUAUUAUCUUUUA